AUGGUUGAUGGCACAAUUGCCGAGGAUUCUCAAUCGCUUCCUCCGCGCGUUGUUGGAGACGACAAGAAUUUGCUUGAUCGUGCAUUGGAAAAUGCGAUCGGGCGGAGGGGCAUCGCUAUUGUUUCCAAAUGGGUGACCUCUAACAUUCAAGAAUGGGAUGGGCUAAUUCGGGGAGUCGUGGGUGCAUAUGGAAUUCGAGCUGCACUUCAAAAAACAUUUGCCGAUCGCGACGAUAAGAAGUUGGCGACAAACGUUUAUAAAAAGCAAGACUCAGUGGAGGACCUGCAGAAUCUUCGAACGAUUAUAAUCUGGAUCCCAGUCUGCAUGGCAGUUAUCUCUCGAUUGCUUUGUUGGGCUUUCCCGACUGUAUUCAACGGCGGGUUGCAGCAAGUGCUGACUUGGAUGGGACAGGAUCAAGGAGGGGCGGGCGGAAAGGGCUAUAGGGAGUUGGGGAAAGAGCAAACUGACGAAAAAAAAUUGUACCUGAACGCCGAAAUUGUAAAGGGCGGAACGAGCGCCGUCGGCCUUGGCACAUCGAAAGACAAUCAAAUUGUGAUGGGAUCCUACAAAUGCCUGCGGCGUCUCACCAAUCGAGGACGUUUGACUGGUUUCAGAAGCGUAGGGUCGGGUCAGGAGCAGUCCUUGUAGUAGGCUUAUUAUGCGAAGGCCAUGCCGCACGACUGGCAACACUUUUCCGCGUUGACAAUCACGAUAAACACAUACGCU